AUGGGACGGGGAGAAGUUCGACCCCAGGUGGACAAAGUGGAGGCCAUCAUGAACUGCCACGUCCUCGCAAAAAAAAAAAGAAGUCCGCUCAUUCCUUGGCCUCACUGGGUGGUAUCGCGGUUUGUGCCCCAGUACGCCACAAUUGCGGCUCCUCUCACAGCCCUCACCAUGAAGAACCAGCGGAACCCUGUGAACUGGACAGAGGAAUGUGAGCAGGCCUUCAGCACCCUUAAGACCAUCCUGUGUUCUUCCCCAGUCUUGAAGAGCCCAGAUUUCGAUGAAAGGUUCCGGGUGCAAGUGGAUGCGUCCGCAGUUGGCCUGGGAGCAGUGCUGGUCCAAGGAGAACCCGGAGAGGAGCGCCCUAUUCUGUAUCUCAGCCGGAAACUGCAGCCAAGGGAGACCAGAUAUUCAGCCAUUGAGAAGGAAGGGCUUGCCAUCAGAUGGGCACUGGAUCACCUUCGCUACUAUCUCCUUGGCCGAGAGUUUGACUUGGAGACUGACCACAGGGCUCUCACUUGGAUCGAGUCCAUGAAGGACCAUAACAGCCGACUUACCCGGAACAUAUUGCUGAAGGACGUGAGAGAGAACGACUUUAAAACAUUUGGACAUUCAAAGGUUUUCAGUGAAUUGGUGAGUGACCUGAAGGAUUUGGAGGAGACUGGAAUCUUGACAUCGCGUGGAACGGUACGUGGAACAUUAUAUUGCAUUGCUGGCGACAACUUGGGGUCCCAUUGCAUUGGUGGCUUCUCAGAAAAUUUCAGUUCUUCACAAUACUUUUGUCGGUAUUGCUUAGUAACCCGAGAUGAAUUUCAGAGUGACAAUCCAAAUGUAUGUGGACCAUUGCGCACAACUGACAAGUACAAUGACGCUAUUGAGCGUCUCCAAAAUGAAGAUGCAGCUGAAGGAGUGAAGUUCAAUUCUAUCUUCAAUUCUUUACACCACUUUCAUGUUUGUCAGCCAGGUCUGCCUCCAUGUUUGGGGCAUGACAUAUUUGAAGGCAUUUUGGCAUAUGAUGUAGCGCUUUAUCUUAAAUAUUUCAUAAAGAAAAAAAAAUGGUUCACAUACUCCACUCUCAAUCGACGCAUUUAUCAGUUUAAAUACUGUUUGUCUGAUGCUUCUUCAAAGCCAUGUCAAGUCAAACCUCUGGCAAAAAAGCUUUCAGGACAGGCCAUACAGAACUGGAAUUUUCUGAGGCUCCUGCCUGUUAUAAUCGGUGACAAAGUGAAAGACACAACUGAUGAUGUUUGGCAGUUGACUCUGCAGCUGAAGGAUGUUGUAGAUAUGGUAUGUGCUCAGAAAAUAUCUGUUUCACAGGUUGCAUUUCUUGAUGUUCUUAUUCAAGAAUAUUUAGAGUCAAGAAAAGCUCUCUUUCCAAGCACAACACUGAAACCCAAGCAUCAUUAUUUACGCCAUUAUCCAGCACUUAUUCUGAAAUUUGGGCCCUUGAUUAGACUUUGGACUAUGAGAUUUGAAAGCAAACAUAGUUAUUUUAAGACAUGCGCAAGGAACCUAAAGAAUUUCAAAAACCUCUGUUUUACUCUCUCUCAAAGACAUCAAAUGCUGCAGGCUUAUCUUUCAGCAGGCUCACUUGGCCAGGCUGUUCUACAAGUUGAAGACAGUUCUCCGUUUUAUGUUGCACUCUAUAGUCAAGUAAUCCAGGAUGCUGUCAGGGAGUUUGGCUUCACUGAGAUAAACACAAAGGUUACAGUUAAAAUGUCCUACAAGGAAAUGGACGACAGAGAGCAAAGCAACAUAAGACGUUCCAUUGCCAAGGUUUUACCUGACCUCCCUGGAUCACUUCUGAACAUUGUGGAAGAGACACUACAAUCAAUAGGGGUGGAGACUACUGAAGAUUUUCAGUUUGUGUGA